AUGUUUACACAUUUUGUGUUUAUUGCUAUAAUCACUCUUUUUUCGCACUCAUUGAGUGUAAAUGUUCUUUACGAUAUCAAUGGCGGUGACAAUGAUGUCGUGAUUAAAGCUGAGUUCAAGGCCAUCUUUACUUCCACAUCAAGAAUAGUUCCACGUGAAGACAUUAAAAUAGUGGAAGUGGUAGAAAAUGAUGUUGUUCUUUGGGAAUAUGAAAAGGAGGAUGAAAUGUGUAGCCUUGUUGUGAUUUUCAGGUUUGAGGAGUUUGUAACACUGGUGUGUUUGAAAAUAACUUCAGAUGACGGAAGUUAUAAAUUAUACUUUAUUAAGCAAAAUGGAAUCUGGGAGAUGCUAGAAACACAAGAUUUUGACGAGAUUCUUGACGACAUGAAGUCUAAAAUUCCAACGGAAAAACACAUUUUGUUAGAUAUUCAAAACCCUGAUGAAGAAAAGGUAAAGGUCUCGCGAAGGAAUACUGGAGGAGCUGAUUUCAUUACGUUUACCACAAACUACCCAUAUAGCACAAUUAAAGUCGUGGACGGAAGGUCAGUGAUCUGGAGAGGAAUGUACAAUGAAGAUUGCUGUAUCGACUGCGCGGUGUAUUUGAAAAAUGAAAAUUUCGAAUUACUUCAGGCUUUUCUGUGCUUCAGUAAUAAGGUGGGCUUCAAGUUCUUCAGCAAGGUCGAAAAUAGAUGGAAAACCAUAGAGCAGGAUCAAUUCUAUAACAAUUUGAAAACUCUGGAUAUGGAAGAAGAUGAUAGAUUAUAUCAAGAAUGUGGGAAAAUGUUCUGUAGAUCGUAA